UAGACUACAACAUUUCUAAAAUAUGAACAGAAUCCAAAAAUACUAGAAAUCACACCCUUGCCGACUAUGUAAAUGGCUAAAGACACAACAAAACGACUGAGGAUCACUCUGACUGUCAAGUCGAUCUGAUCACAAACUCACAUGGAAACAAACGCCUGCUUUCUAAGAGACGCAUGAGAGAUAGAAACAAACAUAGAUAUUUGGGAGUGGUGCCGCUGAUGUUGCUGCUUCUCUGUUCCGAGUCUCAAAAAAUAAAAAUAAACGGCUGCGGUUUUUUGGGUGUGGUUUUGGAUGGAAAGUUUGAGACUGCGAUAUAAGUUGAGUGGUGUUAAAUGUUUUCUCCACUUUGAGCACUUGUUCGCCAUAUCCAUUUCUGCAUGGUUCAGUGUUGUGGCUGCGCCUGCACGUGGUCGAUUUCCAUUGGCUGCUCACCGUUUGACUAUGAUGUCGUUGGAGCAUCAUACACUAUGAGAUUUCUGAGACUGUCAGCUCUAAAAUUCCAAAUAUUUUUUUAUAUCCUCAGACUAAAUGGAAUUUCCCUUUCUGUCAAAUUUGAUGACAUUUUUUUGACUCCAGAAUAACUGAAUCAUCUCCAUUUUAUAUCAGCGCGGCCUGACCUUGUAUGUGUUCAACCUUUAAUCUUACAACUCUUCAGAUAAUGUUACAACUUCUCAUUCAGGGAAAAAGACAGUGCUAAAUUUACCACUAUUUUCAAACAGGUGGUGUUCAGUCAUGACCUCUAAACUGAAAAUUGCAGUUAAUUUUCUGGAAAAAGUUGUAUGUUUGAAAGUGACUAAUAAUACAUAGCAAGAGCAAGACAUAGCAAUACAGUAUAAAAAGAAAAGUAAUAAGUAAAAAUGAGUAUAUAAAUUAAAAUAAAGAAAUGAGUAAAUAAACUGUAUAAGAAAGUAAUAUGAAAGAAUGAAAGAAAAAAACAAGUACAACACAGAUGUACAGUAUUUUUGCUGUCUUGGAGCUGCGCACACACAGGUUGCUUUUAAAAACUCAAUUUAGAUCAUUAGAUCAAUCACUUUCAUUGCGUCUUUGUUUUUAUACAAUAAAACAAGUAAAUGCUGGCCUAACAUAUUUUUUUGUGCUGCAAGGAAGAAACUCAUUAGGGUUUGGAAUUACACAAGGGUGAAUAAAUGAAGACAAUUUUCACUUUUGGGUUAACAGUUCCUUUAAGCUUUUAUUCUGAUGAUAGUAUGUUUGUGUACUGUGUGAUACUGAUCUGAUCGCAUCAAGCAGAAUGUUGUGAAAUAAUCGGUCAUUGCUAUAUGCUUAGUGACCCAAUGUAUAUUUGAAGACACGUAUUUAGCAUUUAUGCAGUUUAUCAUAAAUCUCUAUUAUUUCAAACGGUGCUGUUUUUAUUUUUGACCUGGCCCUGUGAAGCAUUGCAUCAGUCUCCCUUUCCAGCACAAAUGCACUUCAGAUAGAUUUGCUUAGAUGUGAUGAAUUAAUAUCACCAUAAAUUGGUCACAGCUACUUUUUACCUACCAGCAUGCUUUUUUAUGCUUGCUAGGUUGGAUGUAGGUCAUUUGAUAGUCCGUCCUACCAUGCCACUGCAAGCUUUAAUUUGAGACUUUUAAAUGGCAUUAGGAAAAAUAUUUUCCUUUUGGAGAAGGAUUAGUGUCAGGUAUUAUUAUGUACCUCUUUAUUGUUGACUAAAAUGUAUAUAUUUGGCAACUGGCUGGUAAAUGUUUACAUUUCACUCACCAGUAAUUGUGUAGUAUAGUGGUGGAAGACUGCGUGUUGAGACUAAAAGUUGUUCCGUGUAAUGCCUGUCCAAAGACGAGAUCCACGUGACCUGUUUGUCAAUGAAAUUAAGUCUCUUUAAUACCCUUUCUGUUCUUUAAAGUCAAUUGUUGAUCAAUUAAAAAAAUAAAUAAUUUUUUUUAACUUCUAAUCUUGCAUGGCACAGAUGAGAUAAAGCCAUUUGGGUCUCUCGAUAACAGUCUCUCUCUUCUACAGAUGCUCUUUACAAAAAUGUGCCAGUACCGGUUUUUAGCACGUUCAACAAAUGAAUGCAAUUACUUGUAAAUAGUACAAACUAUGCAAUUAAACAAUAAACAUGUUACAGAAAUAAUAUAUGAAAUAAAAUAUUAAAUGUAUUGAUUGCAUACAUGGAUUUGUUAAUUUUUAAAAACCAAAAUGUGACCAAAAUGAAAAACGAAUAAAAUAUAAUUAGCAAAAUUUACCUAGUUAGAAGGUCCCCUGAAUAAUUAACAGCAUUAGCUGAGAGAUCAUUUCUUUCAUAUGUAAGUAAAAGGGACAUUCUGAAAUAUACCCAUAUAAAUCUAUAUCAAAUCGAAAUUGGAAUAGAAUCGAAUCGAGAGCUUGAAAUUCAACAAAAAAUUAUUUAUACGGCCUAAUAAAUAACAAUGAGGUAAUGGCUAUUUUUUGAAGAAUUUGAAGAUGUUGCUUGACAAUUGUAAACAACAAAAACGUACACUUUGUAUUCUUGCAUUCCUUUAUGUUUCUUGCACUCAGGUGUAAAUAAGAUAAAGCAGUCCUGCCCACAGAUAGCUGCGUGAAUUAUCUACCAUGUUAUAAACUGUAUAAUGGAAUCUUUUGACUGUAUGUAGCAGAAAUGGUUGACACAUUUCUACAGUUGGUGAGUAUAUGUGUCAUACUGCUUAUUGUUGCAUGCACACCUCUGCUAUGGUGCUACUGUGGUACCCUAACCUCAAAAUGCCACUGGUGCCACAGCAUCCACAGCAUUUUUUAAACAGUAGUAUCGUCAACACAAAUACUGUAACUAAUGUCAUGUAUAUGUAGCAAUUUUAUUUUAUUUUGUAAAAUUUAGUAUGCUUUAUUAUAUGGUGCUAUUUCUAAUGUGUAGGUUUUCCAUGCUUCAAACACACACAAUGAGUUCAAUGGUGGUUGCGUGUCAAUGGAAUUAAAUAAAACUUUGGAGAGUGAAAAGCACAAAAAAAAAAAUAAAUAAAAAAAAAAAAAAAAAAAAAAAAUUCACGUGAUGAUGAGACUUGGAAUUAUUUUUGGCUUCGGCCUUAUGAAACCGGGAAGCUUAUCGUUGAUGGAAUCUGUCAUGAAUGCUUGCAGAGAGUACAGGCCAAGAGGAAAACACAAGCAACCUCAUUAAACACCUUUGGUCACAGUCCACUGCUUUUACAGAGUACACAAAGUUUGUGUACUUAAUUUAACUUAAUUUCACCUUCAGUAAAUGCUUUACUUUCCCCAUUAAAGGGUUACUGUUUACUGUUGCUGUACUAUUUUUUUUUUCCUUAAAAACCAGACGUUACACUUUUUUUUAUUAAUCAAAGAUGCAUGAUGGUGGCAUUGGCAAAUCUAUACAUGAUGUGAUAAACAACACUCACACCUUUGUUUUCAUCAAGCUAUGCAUCUAUGUAGAAAAUGAAAUAUUAGUGGUUCUGUUUUAUUCUGUAUUAAAGAUAAAGUAGCUAAUAUUUGAUUAAAUACUACAGUGAAGAAUUAAUUCCAAUUUUUUACCUUUUUUUAGAACCAUGCUGCUCUAAUUGGUGCCCAUAGCCAGAUAGCUACACCCGUUACCAGCAAGUGCAAACCACCGUUCACAGCCUCAUUGAUAGUGCCAAGAAGUAUGAUGCAACAUCCAAAGAAGCAGCUGUUAUAAACAGAGCAGUGGAAAGAUUCAGAUUUAAGCAGCUGCUAAAGACGCUCAGCCACUAGCAAUAUGAGCUGCCUAGCAGAACAUUUUUCACAGUAACUAGAGAGACAAUAGAAGCAGAACUUGAAGGAACUGGAGAUGACACCUAUACAACAGAGUUCUGGACCUACAUAACAAUGCAGUCCUAUGAAGCUGCAACUAAUCUGUUAAAACAAGGAAUCGGCAGACUCAGCCAUGGUGCCUGGGUGAUGCAUAACUUACGGGCGGUGGCCCACAGUUCCAGCGAGCCAAGCCUGGGGAAAUCAUUAACCAGAAACAAAGCACAACAGGACACUGGUAGGAGCAUUUCCUGAGGGAGGGAUUUGGGUUGCCAGAUGGGAGAAAAGCUGAAAUUCCAACCAGUGCAUGAUAGCUUUCAACUUUAACCCAGAUGAAAUACCAACAGCAGGAAGAUAAGAAAAACAACCUCAUUAAUUGUUAGCACAUUAUCGUUGGAGAGUGUGGCGGGCUUAGAUUGCGAGCAUCGCUUCGCAGAGCCGUCGGAUGACUGUCUGACUCAUCACAACCCGCGAAUGACAGGCGUGCAUUCAAGGGUGGGGCCCUCCUCAGUCUCACAUGAUUGGCCGCUGGAUGGAAAUAAGGUGAAUGGAACACAUGCCCAAGGAGCAGGACCCAAACCAAUCAGAGGGAGAAGAGAAACGGUGGCUCGAUGGCCCGAAAAGGAAGAGAAAGAACAGCCAGUGUUCGGUGAAGAGCAUGUCUGGGUACAUACCCAGCUACCUGGAGAAGGAUGAGCCAUGUGUGGUGUGUGGAGACAAAGCAACCGGCUACCAUUACCGCUGCAUCACCUGCGAGGGCUGCAAGGGGUUCUUCAGGCGCACCAUCCAGAAGAACCUGCAUCCCUCUUACUCGUGUAAAUACGAUGGCUGCUGCAUCAUCGACAAGAUCACACGCAACCAGUGCCAGCUGUGCCGCUUCAAGAAAUGCAUCGCAGUUGGCAUGGCCAUGGAUCUGGUUCUGGAUGACUCAAAGCGGGUUGCGAAGCGGCGUUUGAUUGAGGAGAACCGUGAGAAGAGGAAAAAAGAAGAGAUGGUGAAGACCCUGCAAAAUCGUCCAGAACCCAGCAGCUCAGAAUGGGAGCUCAUCCGUAUGGUGACAGAAGCUCACCGCCACACCAAUGCACAGGGCUCGCACUGGAAACAGAAACGCAAGUUCCUGCCAGAGGACAUCGGUCAGUCUCCAUUGGCCCCCACAUCAGAUGGGGACAAAGUGGAUCUGGAGGCCUUCAGCGAGUUUACCAAAAUCAUCACCCCGGCCAUCACACGCGUUGUCGACUUUGCCAAAAAACUGCCCAUGUUUUCGGAGCUGCCUUGUGAGGAUCAGAUCAUCUUGCUGAAGGGCUGCUGUAUGGAGAUCAUGUCCCUACGGGCCGCAGUUCGGUAUGACCCAGAAAGCGAGACGCUGACCCUGAGUGGAGAGAUGGCUGUUAAACGAGAGCAGCUGAAGAAUGGAGGGCUGGGCGUGGUGUCUGACGCCAUCUUUGACUUGGGAAAGAGCCUGGCGCAGUUUAACUUGGAUGACAGUGAGGUGGCACUGCUACAAGCUGUAUUGCUUAUGAGCUCAGAUCGCACAGGCCUGACAUGCAUGGACAAGAUCGAGAAGUGUCAAGAGAUGUACCUCCUGGCGUUCGAACACUACAUUAACUAUCGCAAGCACAACAUUCCCCAUUUCUGGCCCAAGCUGUUGAUGAAGGUGACGGACCUACGCAUGAUCGGAGCCUGCCACGCUAGCCGCUUCCUGCACAUGAAGGUGGAGUGCCCCACUGAACUCUUUCCUCCACUCUUCCUGGAGGUCUUUGAGGAUCAGGAGGUGUGAGGAGAUUGAGAGGAUCAGGAACAUUUUUGAACCUGUUUCUCACCCCCUCUCACCCCUCUCCACGCACCAAAACUCACCAGCAGCUGGGGUUUUCAUGAGAACGGCUUUCAUACGGGGGGUCUUAGUCGGCAACUUUAUUUUCUACUUUUUACAGAAUACUCAGCCCAUCCCCCGUCCACUAAACUCUCUACGGGUGGCCCUUCUGUCUCUGCAUAAUGUCUUAUACUGGUUUACCAACACCUUAGUUAUAGACAUAGUAUAUACAUAUAUACACACACAUUCUUAUAAGUGUGCUUACAGAUGCAGUACUUACUGAGCGACACGUAACCUCCGAUGAGGUUGUAUACAUUUGUACGCAUACAGACACUGCACUACUGUCACACCAACCUCUCAGAACUGGAGGAGCACUUCUGUGCCCUCAGACAAGAUGGGAUGGAUUUGCCGGUUUAUGCCAUGUUGCAGCUGGCGUCGAUUCCUCUCAGCAGGUUGUGAAGUGGUCAGUUAAUUUCAGUUACAUAAACCUCAGCGUUCUCGUGAGAUUACAAUGUAACCGCUGGCAUCUUGUCGCUCACGUAUUGUAGUUACGUCGCAAACGUGGAGCGUUUUGAACAGACCUCAUUAAUCUCUUACUAGUUACAUUGAGCCUGUGUGCUGAGUGGGAGGAUAUUUCUAAACCAAAUCAGGUGCUAUAUUUAAAUAAAGCUUCUCAAAAUGAUUUGGGACCUUUUGAGAAUAUGCCCUCCCUCCCUCCUCUGUAAGCUUUCCGUUGGUGGUUUAGCGUACAUACAAGGGUGCCACUCAAAAACUUUGUGUGUGGUUCUUUCUCGCCAUCGCCCGGGCUUUGUGUGUCGUAACAUUGGCCUGUUCUGAAUGAUAAAUGAGCCCUUUUCUUUCCCAGCAAAGUCAUGCAGAGAGAAAAAGAGCUUGCGAGAGAGAUUUCACAAAAGACAUGGAAAUCGAGGCACCCCGCAUGUGAUUCGCACUGAUUUGUAGGUUUUACAGGUGUUGGGAGGGAGCCAGUAUUACCAUCCUCCCACACCCAGCACACACAUAAAUAUACUCAAACACACACCUCAAAACUCAAAUGCCUCAUUUUUACUGUAUGCACUGCGGUGCUGUAGUUCUGGACUCCCAUGCAGGGCUUUGAAAGUUCAGUCCAGCCCCUUUGUGUUCUGCCCAGAUGCUACUGUUGCCCAGUCUGUGUGAAUACACACACGCACUCCUGACGGGCCCUGGCAGACUGGCUGUUUUUGUUGUUUCUUUUUGUUUUUGUUUUACCUCAAAUGUGGGCACACCUCCGGCUGGCUGUGGCUCCAAAACUGCCUCUGUGUGGACAGGUUCUACCUCACCUCUGGACACAGGGCAGCUACCCUCAGCCUCCUCCCACAUACACACACACACACACACACACACACACACACACACAAACAUAAUUACCCAGCUGGAAAAUCCAGAUUAAGCUUGUAGAUGUGUUUUGGAACAUGGUAGCUGUUUUUAGCUGCACUAAGCUGGUGAUUAUAUUUAUAUUACAUUUAUGCAUUUAGCAGGCACUUUUUUUCAAAAGCGACUUACGAAGGUAGGCAUUUUAUCAGUAUAUUUCCCUCUGGCCAAAAAGGAGAUCAUGGAAUCGAACCCCGGUCUUCCACGUAAAAUGUGAAGAAAUCAGAGACCCUCCACUCGAAAUCCGAACACAAGUGGUCAAAAGAAAUGCAUAUUAAGACCAGGUGUAAAUGCCGAUAUUUCACCUGUCCACUUGUGAUCGGAUCACCCAAAACGCAUCUUAAUACAGGUGUAAACAGGGUCUUAGACCAGCUAAAAACCAGCGAGCAUGUUCCAAAACACAACUGUCAUCUUUAGCUAGAUUUUUCAGCAGGAAUACACACACCUACACUGACUCUCGUACACUGACACACUGUCAGCCAUAAAAAACAACAGUUUCUCUCAGUUCUCACUCAGUUAAGUUGAAAUACCACUGUAGACAGGAGGGCCUGCCAUUCCUCAUUGUAGCCUUUCAGAUUUCUCCAAGCUCCCUUCACUCUGGGCUGAGAGAACAAUUCUGUAAGGGUUUUUUUUUUCUUUGUUUUUCUUUUCAUGUGGGACCAAGUGUCACUUUGAAACUUCCGUCAAAACGGAAGCUAAUUUUCGGCAGACUAGUGAACUAAACCGUUCAUGCCGCUGACUAUGAAUAGGCGCUGUGGAGACAACUACAGUUAAUCAUGUGAGAAGAUGAAGAACCCGAGGUGGCCAGGCCUAAACUGACUGGGUCUAUCACUGUUGUCUAUUACCUUUCCAAUACCAAGCAGUAGUUCACAUUGAAAAAUCCAUUGAAAGUGGAGUGAGGGGUAGGCUGGAUGCUUCAGGGUGGUGGAGAGAAAGCACAAUGGGCUGGGGAGGUGCGGCAACUAGGUGUUGAAAUAAAGCACUUAGCAUCGAAAGAGGCAAUUAAAAUCUUCACAAACAAUUCAACCCCUGGUUCCCGAAGCACGUUCUACGGCCCAUCUCCCUCCAAGGAGAUUUUGCACUAAGGCAUGAUUGGCUCCACAAUCAAACAGCAGCUCUUUUCAAGGACACCCCCCACCAACCUCUCUGUCAAACAGAGGCCACACCCUCAGAGUCAGUAUUAAGUCGACCAUAACACUCAUACACACCGGAUAUGGGCCGGUGUCACCGGGUAUGUGUCAUGCCACAGUCACGCACUCAAACAUGCAUAUUGAAAUACAAACAUACACCUUUGUGCCCACCACCCCUCCCCUUGAAGCCAGCAGUGGCUUUCGAUGAACACCAAACAGAAACAGGCUUUUCCCUUGUAAGACAAGGGAGCAGCCGUAGCCAUACAAAGAAUGGCAGCACCGAAUGAAUGUGAAUGAGUAGCAGCCGAGCAAAAGAGAGAAUCAAGAGCUGGAGUGAGAAAGAGGAGGAGUUUCACAUCCUUGCUUUAUAAUGAGAGGUUGCAAAGCAAAGGAAGACUGCCAAUCAGAGGCUACCGAUGACAUCGCCAAGAGUGCAUACCAUGUUCUCUCUUACGGACAGUUGCGCACCCUGUAGAGAGAACGAGAACCUACCUACAAACCUCAAACAGACUAUCAUCACGAGAGAGAAACAGCAUUCCGUAAAAUGGCAGUAUGGAAAUCCAUCUUGGAAUAAGGCAACGCAGUGAUGACGGUGGUUCUGAUUGGCUGAUGGCAGGGGUUUCAAUGCUGCUUUACCUUCUAAUUUUAUUUGCGAGAAAAAAGAUAUAACAAAAGAAGAACUACAAACCCAGAAAAAAUUAAAAACAUGACUCCAGAAAAAAGUAAAAAUCUUGGAGCUGAUUGAGCUGUUUGUUUUGUUCUUUCUUUUUGUUGAAAUGUGUUUGUUUGUUUUUGCUUAUCUGCUCUGUGUAAGAGAGAAAACAACAGCCGUAGUCACUUUUUGACCAUGCGUGCAGUGUAAACUAGACAAGAAUUUCACCUCUUUUUCACCUCACUAUGGGUUGUAUUGAUAAGUCAACUGCUCUGUUUGUCUGUGUAUCUGUCUUUUGUCCGUCUUUUUAUCAAGAGGAAUUUACAAAACAAGAAACAGGAAUAUUUUCUUUUUUUAUAUUUUGUUUUCUUUUUUACGAAAGAAGACUAGAAAAGCAUAAAUAUGCUAAAUAAUGCAACAGAAACAAAAAAAAACAAAAAAACUAAAAAGAAAAAAAAACUGAAACACAAUCUACUCAUACCUCACACAACACAAAGCUUAAAUGAACUUGGGAAGAGUGCUUAUAUGUGUGGCACUUCGUCAAAGUGCAUCAAUGCAUGUGUUGAAUUGUACGAUGGGGUGUAUGUGCUUGUCACGCAUAAUGUCUCGCUCAUGUGAUCGCAGAGGUGCACGGCGUCCUCCUUCAGCCUUCAAAGCCGAGAGCCCAUUCUGUUCAGAUUUGCACCAGUUACAUACAUUACCCUGUAAACAGAUGAGCCCAUGUGGCAUCAUCCAGCAGCCUGUAAUAGCCCCUGUCUGCAGUGAAGCGAUGGCCGGUAAUGGAAGUGGACAGGAUGCAGGGUGGCUAGAAGGCUGGAAAGGAAGUUAUGUGAAUCUGUGACAGCAGAGAGUACUUCAUGGUAUUGAAUGUAGCUGACAGGACUGGGCUGGAACCAAGCCCAGGAACUAGAACCUCACUUCAGGUCACCAGCAGAGUGGACAGUGCUGUCAAAUUGUUGUUACACAAACAGCUUACUAAGCAUAUAUGCCCCUUCAAGAUGCAAUACUUUGUUCAGUUUUGUGCCCCCCCCCAACCCCCAUCCCCCCCCUUUUUUUUUUCAACAAGUUUUUGGCUAUAAACAAGCAUGUAAAUACGAAACGCAAAGAUUAAAUCACUAUGUGUGAACCAUAUGCAAACGUCACAUACUGGAUGUUGAGGCCCGAACGCAAUCCGUUUUGUAAAGUUAAACUGCUUACAUAGCUUUGUAAAUCCUUCACACAUCUGUAUGUGUGUUUUUGUGUGCACUUGCAAAUGUGCAUGUUCGAUAAAAAUAUGAAGAAGUGCUCUGUGCCUCCGCAACCCUCUGCUCUGCUGUCGAACCACAGAGAUAUCGACUUCUAUUUCCCAACAGGGUAACUAGAUGUAAUGUCUGUUUGGUAGAUCAGAUCAUUGACAAGGAAAUGGAGGGAGUGGUAGAGAUGAAGGGAGGCGUAGCAGAGGAGAAACAUCAGAGAGUAGCAAAUAGCUUUGCGCUAUUAGUCAUCUCCCCCAAAAAGCCCGGUACCCAGAAGCAUUUAGCUGGCCCACCUACUGCCAAUCAGUUUCCAUGCAUCCAUACAAAUUCACACAUGUGCUCGCCAGGAGGUGGGCAACAGUAGAUACUGCACUGCAAAAAAAUAAUUUUCUUAUUCAUUUAUUUUUUUUGGUAUUAUCUAAACAUCCUUAAAUCAAGAUGAAUUGACUUAAGAAGCAAUCUGACACAGGAUAUUAACUCAUUUUUGUGGACAAAUCAAAUAAAAUUAUUGAGUUUAAGGCCUAAAACCCCCCCAAAAAAAAACUAUUUGCCAAUACAGAAUCUGCACACAGAAUUCCAAAGAAAUCUCUGCAGAAUUGGGACACUCAUGAUUCACUAAUGUCCACACAUCACCUGCCCCUUGAAUGUUUGUUUAUUAAAUAUUUUAGCUAUUUUGAUAAUGCUUUCUGCAGAUAUUAUGACUGCAGUACUCUCAGUUCAUAUUUGAAUUCAUUGUGCAGAAAUCCGCAUAUUUUCCAAAACAAUCUGCACAGAGGUCCACAGAUUUUGCCUGGCCCUGCAAAAAAAACAAAAAACAAAAAACAAUUAAAAGUUACAAAGGUUUUUCUCUCUCUCUCUCUCUCUCUCUCUCUCUCUCUCUCUCAAUGGCAAUUUUUUUUCUUGUUUUAAGCACAAACCUCACUAAAUUUUGCUAGAUCAUCUUAUUCACUAACCACCUGCAAUCCGCCCUACUUUCUAUGCAAAUUAAGCUCAUUUUAAAUUGUGCUUUGUCUACAAAACUCGAUGAAAUUUCCAUGAUGCAAUUAACCUUUUUAUUAAAUUAUAAACUGCAUUUCUUUAAAAAGAGAUGUUUUUGUACAUUUUCUAUUGAUCAUGGCUACAGUAAUUUCAUUAUAAAUUAUGAUCAAAUGAUGGAGAAGAGAGUUAUAACCUGGUCCAGAUGUGCAAUGUAGUCAAGCACACUUUCGGUUCAGACAGAACAUGCAAAUAAAUGUCACUUUUAUGAGCCCUAAUUCAUUCUAAGUAAAUUGUCACUUUGCUUCUAAGUAAAUAAAUCUUGUUUUAAGGAUGUUUUGAUAUUUUUACUGGAAAACAAGAUAAAAAAAAAAAAAAAGAUCUGAUGAAAAUGAUUUAUUUUCAGUAUGGUUUUGUUUUACUUUGGUGAUGGAGGUAUUGGUUUGUUUCUCACCCUUUUUUAACCAAAUGUAGAAUUGCUUUUUAUCUUCAGAGAUAGAAGAAAAAGAAGAUGCCUUGUAGCAAGAAUGUCUAUGCAAUGCUCUACCCUCUGAUAGCAAGCUGGCUGUUCCAGUGAGCCCUGAUUAGUGGUCUUUUUAAACACUCCCACCCCCCAAAUCCCACCCAAUGCAACUGCAUGAGCCCCAGUCAGACUGUUCGUCAGUCAGUUUUAUAGACAAGGCAAGGAAGGCCCUAACCUCACUAACAUGAGGGCGGUAGCUCAACUUUCCACUGAUGAUCCGCUGUUGAGAGACUGCCCAGCAAACAGACUGCUUUUGUGUUUGUAUGUAAUUGUUUGCGUUGAACGCUCUCAUGGUUUGGUGGAUUGGUACUACUUAUUAGACAACAUAAGCACUUUUUCAUAGAAGUAAUUUAUGAAAAUCAGUUUAAUUCUUUGUAAUCAAACUUGUGGCCCUUUUUAGACACACUUAGUUGGUUUUGAAAACUGAUGAAGCCAUUGCUGUUUUGGCAACUAGUAAUUUCUUUUAACUGAAAAAAAUAAAAUAAAAAAUCAUUCUCCUAAUUAGCAUUUAUGCUUCAAUGGGGGGGGGGGGGUGAUCUCCAAACAACAGUUUUGACCCAGUUAAGUACAUUACAUUAUACAGCACCUCCCUUUUGAAUAUAAACAUGAAUAUUGCCAUAGGCUUGUUAUUUUUACAGUGAAACACAAGCUUAUAAAAAUAGAAUUUAAUCUGGAAAGAGCUCCACCUAUACAUCAAUGGUGGUACUAUUCUUAUUUAGUAAUUAUAAAGUAAAUCCUUCAUUUUGAGUGAAGAAAAAAUUAUAAUAAUUAGAAUACUUACAACUUGUAUGUUUUUGAAAAAAAUACAGAAUUAUGUUUUUUAUUGAAAAAAAAAAAAAAUUCCCAUAGCCUUCUAUUGGAAAAAGAAACAUAAAAAAAAAAAAAAAAUCUAGGGAUUAUGGUUUCAUAGAGAAUUAGCAACCAUCUUGUAACCAUUAAGAAAUGCCCUAGCGACCACCAAGUAACACCCUAGUAUUCACAGAAAACACCCUGACAUUGAAAGUAAUAUA